UUCCUAGUGACGUAAAUUCAGUUUAGUUUUUUUUUUUUAAAAAAAGGCAGAUUUUAUUAUAUGAUUAAAGCACACCCUCGCUUUCCACGCAGGAUGUGAUAUUCAUCAUAAUCUCUCACCUCCACCCCUACUUUGUACUACUUUCUAUCCUAUAAUUAUCUCUUCCAGUACUCUCUCUUUCUCUCUCUCUCUAUAUAUAUAUCUAAACUUCAAACAACCAAAACCACAACACUUCACACCUCCAACCCACAUUCUCCUUCUAUUAUUUAUUUAUUUAUUUAUCAAACCAACCCUCCCUUCUUCUAAACAGUACAGUAGACAAGAGCUACGUACCAAACGUAAAUAUUUUUUAAAAAAAAUUAAAAGAGGAUGAGGGUAGCCCAAAAUCCGAAUGUCCCAAUUCCCAACCACCAAACGGCCACGAUGCGCAAACCAGCACUAUACAAAAACAAGUUGCAUAUGCAUGGAGUGGAAAAUAAGUUGAGGUGUGCUACUUCUUCCACUUCCAGCAGUUCCACAGGAGCAUCGGAGUGUUUAAAACGAAGAGUAAAAGUGGGAAAGAGAUGGAAGGAAUACGCUGGUUUGGGGAACUGGGAAGGCCUCCUUGACCCACUCGACGAUAAUCUUCGCAAUGAAAUUCUUCGUUACGGCCAGUUUGUGGAUGCUGCUUACAAAUCCUUCGACUUCGACCCUUCCUCACCCACCUACGCCACCUGCCUCCACUCCAAGGCCUCCUUACUAGAAAGCUCCGGCCUUCCUUCCACUGGGUAUCGAGUCUCCAAACACUUGAGAGCCACCUCCGGAAUUUGCCUCCCUCGCUGGCUUCGCAACGCCCCCUCCAUCUCUACUAACUCCAGUUGGAUCGGCUACGUUGCGGUCUCUCAGGACAAGCAUGAAAUCUCCCGCCUUGGCCGUCGAGACGUGGUCAUUUCCUUGAGAGGAACCGCCACGUGCUUGGAGUGGUUAGAGAAUUUGAGAGCCACUCUAACCACGCUUCCUGGGGAGGAGGGCGGGGCGAUGGUGGAAAGUGGAUUCCUGAGUCUGUACAGCUCGAGGACGGAGUCAUACCCGAGCUUGAAGGAGAUGGUGCGAGAGGAAAUAGGAAGGCUCCUGCAGUCGUACGGGGAGGAGGCAUUGAGCCUGACGAUCACAGGGCACAGUCUGGGGGCGGCAUUGGCUACCCUUGCAGCAUACGACAUAAAAGAGUACUUCAAAACAAGUGCGCCGAUGGUGACAGUGAUGUCGUUCGGUGGGCCACGAGUGGGUAACAGGAAAUUCAGGCAGCGGCUAGAGAAGCAAGGGACAAAGGUGCUGCGAAUUGUGAACUCUGAGGAUGUGAUAACAAAACUUCCUGGUUUCGUUGUGAAUAACAGCAGCAGCAGCAGCAGCAACAACAACGUUGAGGAAGGUGGUGGGCGUUUGAGGUGGAUUCAGAAGUAUGUGGAGGAAACCCAGUGGGCUUACUCUGAGGUGGGACGAGAGCUCCGACUGAGCAGUAGAGACUCACCUCACCUCAACCGCAUAAACGUGGCCACAUGUCACCACCUCAACACAUAUCUUCACUUGGUAGAUGGUUUUGUUAGCUCCACCUGUCCUUUCAGAGCAACUGCCCGCAGAAUGUUCCCAUAAUUAACCAACCACGUCAUUUCUCUCAGCAUCUCAUCAUAUCUCUCUCUCUCUCUCUCUCAUACAAUUGUAUUAUUAUUAUCCUUCACCAACACUUAACCAGCUAACUCAUUUUAAUUAUUCAGAACAGUUUUUUCUUCCUCAUU